AUGCCCAUGGUGAAGAGGACUGAGGCCAUUCAAGCCAAGUAUAAUGUAACUGUUGACUUUCCACACCUCGGUUUACAUUCUGCAGCGGCUACCGGCGAUUUGGGAUUGGUCAAAUAUGCCCUCGAACAUGGACAGCCUAUCAAUUCCGUCCUCGAUGGCGUCCUUCCACUCCACGCUGCAUGUUCUGGGGGGAAUGAUCUUGUUGUAAGACUACUGAUUGAAAAGGGUGCUGACGUUAAUGCUCCACGGCUGCCUCGACGAUAUUUUAGCGAGAGAUUCCGCGACGCAUCAGCGCCGAUUGUGGGAACGUCUGGUUCUACACCUCUUCAUUUCGCUUGUGCCAAUGGACAUACCAACGUCGUCCUCACUUUGCUCAUGCACGGCGCUCAUCCCGACCGCACUGACAAACAUGGGAAGACCCCUGAAGUGCUUUCUCGCGAGAAUGGUUUCAUGGCAUGCGCGGAUAUCCUACAAGAGUGGGUUCAUAACAAGGACAGGGACUUGCGGGAAAGGGAAGGGACUGGUUUGGCUCUUGACGCAGAAUCAAGUGCGGAUGUCAAGUCUCAUCAUCACCAUUCAUGCUCAGGCAGCGACUGCAAAAUUUGCCCAAUUGGCAAGAGGUUGCGCGUCAAGAGAUCUAUUGAUCAUGCUCUGAAUGUCUUGAUGCCCUCUUUGGCUCAGUCUCAUUCAUCAUCCCUCCAGUCCUCUUCUGCCGUACCAACGUUGGAAACCAUUGUCGCGUCUCCAUUGAUACCCACAGACGGUUUAGGGGAGUCCGCGCUCCGAGAUGACACUGGUACGAGUAGAAUGGAUCACUCGUCUACUCGUCGCCCUUCCCUUCCGGAUGUGCUUGACGUGAACCAGACCAUGCCGAUGGUAAGGCGUCCCCCAGUUGCAGUAACUAGUUCACGCAGGCCUAGAUCUGCGGGAACCGACGCCGAAAACACCACCACCACUCACAGAGUGAAGGGAAAGGUUUCCUUGUUGAAUAUAUUUAAGAAGAAUAACGCUGACAUACCAGGGGCGUCGGAGAGCUCUAGUUACGCCUCACCUACAUCCUCUACAUCCGUGUCACCAUCUCCCGUUCCUUAUCAACUGUCAAAUGGGUCAUUCUCACCAUCUCCUAAUGCUUCUCCUCGUGGGGUAGCUUCGCCUUCUACAGAAGAGACUCCUCUCGAUGCCACAGUCACCCGCAAAUUUCGUGGUCGCUUAUUCAGUGAGACAACGGCAUCGCAUCCGCCGCUAGCGAUUGAGCUGCAUCGGGCCAUGUCAGAUGAAAGACUCAGGACACGGACACAAUCAAAUCAGGGUUUCACGUUUCAGCCUCAAGCCAGGACAAACCCUUCUUUGGAAUCUACAAGUCCGCCAGUGAAGCUGGGUUACCUUCGCCCACAUUAUCGCUCCAUCUCAUCUGGUAAUUCACAAACGUCUAUUCCUCCCUUCGACUCUGUAGGGACUCCAGCAUCGCGUGCUCUGCGGUUCGAUUCUAGCUCUACUUCUACAUCACAACAGGGUAACGGCCGUCAUUCAAGUCAUAGCCCGGGUAGGAGUGUUCGAACCGCCAGAAGUAUUAGUUCUGUGCGGAGCGCACUUCAUACGGACACUUCUCGAUCGCCACUCAUACCUACGGCCCAACUUGGUACAUCUAGUGGGGUAACCGAAUUUACGGAAGAGCCAGAAUAUCUCGAAGAGGACGAACAAUACGACGAGCCGAUUACAUCUUCAGCAGGUCUAAUACAGCCUGAUAGUCGGUCAAGUACGUUGAAGGUAGAGGGUCAAUCCAGGCGAAAUUCAACGAUUUCAUCGCAUGCAUCUCUUUCCCCUCUUCCUUCCCCUGGUAUUGUUUUGCCUUCCACCAAUUUCGACGGUCCGUUUAACAUCAACUCCCCCCCACCCGAAGACCUGGAUUCGCCAACGGAGCUUACUCACUUGGAUACACGCAAUAUGGAGUGCAGGUUACGGGGAGAUUCAAUGAGCAGCAUGAGCACUAGCGGUACAAGCGCAUACCUCACGACACCAGGGCUGCAACAUCCUCAACUUCCGCCACCGCACAUCCUUUCUUCUGUCUCCACUCCUCCGGAGUUCCCAGCCAUGGAUUAUAGUGGGCGAGGUAUUAUUAGUCGGGCGGCUUCGUCGUCCGCCGCAUUCCCUCAUGAUAUCGAAACCACUUACAGUGCAAAAGGCCUGCGAGCAGCGCUCGAUAUCGACAUCAGAUCAAUUUCGACGCACGCACAGGCGGAAGCUCUGGUGCAGCGGGCGCAACGGAGUAUCUUGGAGAUGCAAGAGGUCGAUGUUAGCCAGCAAGUACCUGUGGAAAGCGCUGUACCAGACCGAACACCAUUAAGUGCAAAGCUAGCUGCAUAUGGCGAGAGUCUUGCCCUGGAGCGGAAGUUGAAGCAGGAAGAGCAGGGAAAGCGAGGGAGUGCUUCUCAAACUCAAGUCACAAAUGAUAGAAAUGAUGCAAACGAAGUAUCACUCGUAGGUUCUCCGCGCAGCGCUGUCAAUUUGAAGGGUCUGGAUAGGAAAUACAGUCUGGAAGAGCGAUCGCAUGGUAGCGGCACGGUGAGACAAUCGAGGACCAAACGACCUCAUACCAGCGGUGGAUCCUCCUCAUCGGACAUGUCACAAUUCCGUCCAGGUGACGGACCUCAUUCAUCUGUCUAUCAACUUUCUGCGCCGGUAUCUCAUGUUGCCAGCUCGUCUUCGACAGAUCUGUACUCUCGCAUGCAGGGAAACCCAGUUACGCCACCGAGGAGUUCACACUUGAAGACGAACUCGGAGUUCUAUCGCGAUGCGAGGCCAAGGCUGAACCGUUCGUACACUCCUGAGCCUGGCUCCGAUGUAUUCCCAUCUCCUGAUUCCACAACCGGUGCUCCUCUGUCUCGGAUAUGUACUGCCCCCACGGAUUCGUACCCGGAUUUUGACAGGAAAUUGAGCAGCCAGGAGCGGCACGCAGCGCGCGUGAAUAAACUCGCAAAGAUGGGUUUUUCUUCACCGUCUCCAGAUCCGCGGCAGAGCUCGACCGCUGGUUCGCGUAGCCACCCCGGCUACAAGCAACGGCUGGGUGGACUCAAAGGCUUUGUGCAGAACCUGCAGUUGAUGGGCAAGUAG